AUGCCUCAAGAGAACGGACGUCAUGGAAAUCGACAGAAUUCUAGUCGAUCCAUACAUUCCCGUGCUAGUACGGCUGCAAAUGAUGAUGAAAUCGAUCGCAGUCGGCGAAAUCGCGAGCUUCGAGAACGCGGAUAUUAUUCCGAACUAGCAACCAUUGAUCCCGACACCAGAUUUCAAAUUUCACAACAAGCUCCAAUUGCACACGAUGACGUUUUACGGGAAACGUUUCGUAUGUCGAAUUCAGCGCGAGCAAGUAUUUUCGAUUUGCAAGGAAUCGAUGUGGCACAAAUCUUGGCCAAUAGUAAAGAAGGAGAAUUUACUACUGAAUACAAACGCAGUGAUAUCUAUUUGGAAAAAACAUACGAGCCAAAAGUUUUUAUGCCGUUCUAUACGGCACCGUAUAAACUACCAAGAAAAGUCGAAAUCGAACGACGAAAACGUCUGUAUCUAUCACUGGAUCUACCAAGUUUACUCGAGGAACGAAAUAUUGAUACAGAUAAACUAAUGCCAAAAUAUGUACCUGCUGAUAAAAUUGUCACAUUGAAUAUUCCGAAUGAAGAUCCAGCGCCAUUCGAUUCAUUUUUACCAUUAUAUUAUUUUGACGAUACAGAUUUUGAAAUUUGGACACCAGAAUCAUGGCUUGCGCUAGGCCAUGAUCCAUUUACCGGCUUAAAUAAACCAUUACCCGGUGUUGCUCUUUUACCGAACGUACCUGCCGAUCAAAUUACUGAUAUCAAAGAUAGUAGUCUUCGUUUCCACUGGCAUAAUGUUAGUAUCCAUGACUAUGAUGCGGAACAACAAUUAUGGCUUGUAACACCGGACGACCGAGAACAUGAUGUGUUCGAUAUGUAUCGCUCAACAAAACGAAGUCGUAAAGAAAUAGAAGCCACUGAUAAUGGUUCACGGUCCGGCGCUAGUUCCGCUACGAACGGUUUGUGCAUCUAUUUGAAUUUCUCCUGCACAUUAAAAGUUUUUGCAGGUCAUCAUCAUAAUUAUUCACCUGAUGGCACCCACGGUCGUUACUGGGUUCCUCGUAUUCAAUUACAUUUUCUAGCCGAAGAUCCACGUGUAUUUGCUGAUCGUGUGGCAAAAGCCUAUCAUGAUCGAAAACGUACGGAGGCUGAACUUCGCUCAACAUUAUUCAUUGAUUGUAUGCCCACCGAUGGUACCGGUAAACUUGACGACGAGCGUAUCAAACGAAUGAUUGAAUUAACUAAAACAAGUGCCAUUUCGAAAACAAUAAAAGACGAGUACGUUACACCAAUUGUCGAAGAAGUCAAUUUAGAUUAUGCACGGACGAUGAAUUCGAUGAUAUUCGAAAAUGUUACACAAUCCGAUCCGAUUUCCUUUGCGUUUAUUACUCUACCAAUCAAACAACGUCGACCUGUACCUCGUUCUGGCUGUAUUAGCGUUCCGGAAUACUCUUUCAACGAAGUGUUCGAUCAAUUCAAAUUCAUUUCCUUGUUAACAUCGAAAUCAGCAAUUGAUGCGUUGAAACUCGUUCGAACCGAAUGUGAUUAUGUAGUUAACAAUUUAAGUUUAUUGCAAAAGAAUUUUCCGAAACAUGUCAAACUCGAUGAAUUCGAAAGUAUGCAAGUCAAUCAAACAUCAACUACACAUAUGUAUCUAACCGACACAUGGAAAAACAAUCUUCGACAAGGUAUUAAAACACAAUUCAUCGAUGUUGGACGCGGAUGGUACAAUAUCAACGAAUCAGACUAUCAUAUAUAUAAAGUAUCAAAAUUGAAGACGUUUAUCGAACGUGUGAAGUUCAUGAUGCAAGAUACGCUUCGAUUUCUUGUUCAAGAUUCGUGUCAAAACUAUGUUCGAAUGAUCGUCGAUGCUUGUACGCCAGUUUUAGAUAUGAAAGAAGGCUUCAAAUGGCCCAAAGAUGACUUAAUCACAACUCCUUAUAAACCGCCGAAGAAUCCAUUAUUUCAUUUGGAUUUAACUAUUGAUCAAGCUGGUCCACGUUACAUAACAUCGUACGAAAGUUUUCCAAACAUCAUUCUUGGUGCCUUCGAUCGUGCGAUUUUACAAACACAAGCUAUACCACAAAUUGAAAAAGAUGUAAUGGAGAAUAUCUUUUGGGGUGGUGAAAUGUUACGAUUAGAAUCCGUUGCUUUACAAGAAAAGAAAGUGAUCGAAUGGCGAGAGACAUUACAGAAAGCUGUCUAUGCAUCGCUUGUUCCAUUGAAAGCUUAUGCUGAUGCCUAUGAAUCAUAUGCGCCAUUGAUGAAUCUGAACAUCGAUCAAUAUAUCAAAGAUUUUGAGAAAACGGAAAAAUCGAUCGAAGAAUAUCGAAAUGAAAUUCUGAUUCAUAUUCAUGAAAAAGAUAAAUUAGAGAAAAGUAUUCCAACUUCGAUCAUUAUUGGCCCUUAUUUCAUUUCCGCACAAAAACUGCGCGAAGCUUUGUCGAAUAAACGAAAAGCGCUAGUCGAAGCUUUAUUGGCAAGUCAAACACGAAAAGCACGAGCGAAAACAGAAGAACUCAAUGAUACCUUCCGUGACAUUCAACGGAAGUUAUACGAAAAGGCAAACAAUGCAGAAGAUCUAUCUGAGCAUCGUGAAUGGAUGAAAUCAGUUCCCGAACAAGUUGAUGAUAAAAAAGAUGAUAUUCAAAAAGUACUAGAAGAAUAUGUUGUACUUGAUGAAUUCAUGUACAAUUUAAGUAAUGAAGAUUUCGGAUUGAAGUAUGGUGUAUUAGCAUGGCCAUGGAAAAUUCGAACUAUGCUUGAACAAGUUGAAGAACAGCAUAAGGAAGAUGAAGAUCGUUUUAAGAAGCUGCAAGUUCAAGAUACAGCUACACUUAACGAUAAGAUCGACCAACUUAUAAUGUCUGUUGCUGGUCUUUCGGGACAUAUGAGUAUGGAUCGCGCACAUGAAGUGGCGAAUGAAUGUCGUAAAUUGAACAAAGCACUGAAAGAAUGUGUCGAAGCGUCACAAACAUAUAACAAUCGCGAACGUCUUCUCGGUUUGCCUGUUACAAACUACGAAAAAUUAACCCGACUUGUGAAAGAUUUCGAGCCAUAUCGUAUCCUUUGGUCGACAACUUCCGACUGGCUUCGUUCAUAUGACAGUUGGAUGAAUGAUCCGAUCAUUUCAGUCAAUGCCGAAGAUAUCGAAAAGAAUGUUACUGAAAUGUACAAAAACACACACAAAUCGAUAAAAACCUUUGCGGACAAUGAAGGCAUUCAGUUGGUAGCAUUAACAAUCAAAGGUCAGAUCGAAGAUUUCAAACCUUCAAUUCCACUCAUUCAAGCAUUACGUGCACCUGGUAUGCGUAAUCGUCACUGGGAAGAGCUUUCGGAAUUAGUCAAAAUGGCUGUUCGACCAAAGAAAGAACUAACAUUUGCCAAAUGUCUCGAAAUGGGCUUACAAAAGCAUAUCGAUUUGAUAUCGAAAGUUGCAGAAAAAGCUGGCAAAGAAUUUUCUAUCGAACAACAACUCGACAAAAUGGAACAAGAAUGGAAACCUAUUCGAUUCGAAGUUUUACCCUACAAACAAACUGGUACAUAUAUUAUCAAAGCAUCCGAAGAAAUUUCUCAAAUGCUCGAUGAUCAUAUCGUUGCUACACAAUCAAUGUCGUUUUCGCCAUUCAAGAAAGCAUUCGAAGAGCGUAUUGCUCAAUGGGAGAAUAAAUUGAAAAUUACACAAGAAGUACUUGACGAAUGGCUUGCCUGUCAGCGUUCAUGGCUGUAUCUCGAGCCAAUCUUUUCAUCGGAAGAUAUCAUUCGACAGUUGCCUGUAGAAUCGAAACGAUAUCAAACAAUGGAACGUAUCUGGCGUAAAGUCAUGAAACAGGCAAAGGAGAAUCCCGAAGUAAUUUCUUUAUGUCCUGAAGCACGUUUACGUGAUAAUCUACGUGAAGCAAAUAAAUUACUCGAACAAGUACAAAAAGGUUUGAGUGAAUAUCUCGAAACCAAACGUAUGGCAUUUCCACGAUUCUAUUUCUUGUCGGACGAUGAACUUCUUCAAAUUUUGUCACAAACUAAAGAUCCGAAAGCUGUACAGCCACAUUUACGUAAAUGUUUCGAAAACAUCACUAAAGUUAAAUUCGAAGACGAUAUGCGUAUAUCGAAAAUGUAUUCUGCUGAACAAGAAGAAGUCACUUUUCGCAAAGAGAUCUAUCCUGUUGGUAAUGUCGAAGACUGGAUGUGUGAAAUCGAGCGUGUCAUGCGUGAAACAUUACGACAAAUUAUCCGAGACGCUUUAGAAGACUAUACAUCACGACCACGUAAGCAAUGGGUACAGUACUGGCCAGGUCAAAUCGUUGUUGCUGGUUCGCAAACAUUCUGGACUAGACAAGUCUCGGAAUCCUUGGAAAAGAAAGAAAUUAUGAAAUAUCAUAAACAACAAUUACAUGAGCUGGAUGAAUUGAGAGAAUUAGUACGCGGCGAAUUAACUGAUAAUGCACGUGAAACAUUGAAAGCAUUAAUUGUUAUUGAAGUACACGCACGUGAUGUGGUCAUCAAUCUCAUCGAGGAAAAAGUUAUGAAUGUCAAUGAUUUUGAAUGGAUCUCACAAUUACGUUAUUAUUGGAAUGAAGAUCAUCUGUACAUUCGUGCUGUCAACGCAGAAUUUCGUUAUGGUUAUGAGUAUUUAGGUAAUACACCACGUUUGGUUAUUACACCGUUGACUGACCGGUGUUAUCUGACAUUAACUGGCGCUUUACAUUUGAAAUUCGGUGGUGCACCAGCUGGACCCGCUGGUACAGGAAAAACGGAAACAACUAAAGAUUUAGCUAAAGCGAUGGCUGUUCAAUGUGUCGUGUUCAACUGUUCUGAUCAAUUAGAUUUUAUGGCUAUGGCCAAGUUUUUCUGCGGUUUAGCAAGUGCCGGUGCAUGGGCUUGCUUCGAUGAAUUUAAUCGAAUCGAUAUUGAAGUACUUUCGGUAGUUGCUCAACAGAUUCAAGUGAUUAAUCAGGCUUUAAUGCAAAAGGCUGAAAGAUUCAUGUUUGAAGGCAAAGAAAUCGUUCUCAAAUCCUCAUGUGCCGUUUUCAUUACAAUGAAUCCAGGUUAUGCUGGACGUACUGAAUUGCCCGAUAAUCUUAAAGCUCUAUUUCGACCAGUCGCUAUGAUGGUUCCGGACUAUGGUCUUAUUGCUGAGAAUUCACUAUUUUCGUUUGGCUUUUCCGAUGCUAAACCUUUAGCGAAAAAGAUUGUUCAAACAUUCAAGUUAUCAUCAGAACAAUUGAGUUCACAAGAUCACUACGAUUUCGGUAUGCGUGCCGUCAAAUCUGUCAUUUCGGCAGCUGGCAAUCUCAAACGACAAUAUCCAAACAUGAAUGAAGAUUUAAUUUGUCUGCGAGCCAUUCGUGACGUUAACAUUCCGAAAUUUCUCCAAGAUGAUUUGAAACUAUUUACUGGUAUCGUUUCUGAUCUUUUCCCGAAGAUUAAAGAGGAACCUAUCGACUAUAAAAUACUGGAAGAAGGUUUACGCCAUGCAUGUCGUCAACUUAAUCUCAAAGAUGUUGACGGAUUUUUACUCAAAUGUAUCCAGUUAUUCGAAACAACCAUUGUUCGACACGGUCUGAUGCUUGUCGGUCCAACAGGCUCUGGCAAAACGAAGAGUUAUGAAUCUUUACAAAUAGCUAUGACACAUAUGAAAGGAAAAAUCAAUCCGGCCGGUUCACCAUUCAAACCCGUACACACCUAUGUUCUCAAUCCAAAAUCCAUUACUAUGGGUCAAUUGUACGGUGCAUUCGAUGAUUUGACUCAUGAAUGGACCGAUGGUAUACUUUCUACUUUGAUGCGACAAGGCGUAGCUGCCGAAAAUGAUGAUAAACGGUGGUAUCUAUUUGAUGGUCCUGUCGAUGCUGUAUGGAUUGAAAAUAUGAACACAGUACUAGACGACAACAAAAAACUAUGUUUGAGUAGUGGUGAAAUUAUCAAAAUGACUGAAGCGAUGACAAUGAUGUUUGAAGUUGCUGAUCUGUCUCAAGCAUCACCUGCUACUGUAUCUCGUUGUGGUAUGGUCUACUUAGAACCUUCAAUUCUCGGUCUACAACCAUUCAUCGAAUGUUGGAUGAAAAAGUUACCCGAUGCAAUCUUUAAAUACUACGAACAAAUCAAUCAACUAUUCACUAAUUUUCUCGAACCAUCCUUGAAAUUCCUACGAAAGAAUGUGAAAGAAAUCAUUCCAACAUAUGAUAGUAAUUUAACAUUUAGUCUGAUAAAAAUGCUCGAUUGUUUCAUCCAACCAUUUCGACCGCGAGAAAAAGGACAACGUCAGGGUCGUUCUGACAAACCAGCUCCGCCCGAAGCAGCUGAACGUGUUGCUGAACUUAUCGAACCGUGGUUCAUUUUCUCGCUUAUCUGGUCCGUUGGUGCAUCAUGUGAUAAUGACUCGCGUCGAAAAUUCUCCGAAUGGUUACGUCAAAAACUCGUACACAAUCCGAUAAAACUUGCAAUUCCUGCCGAGGGACUUGUUUACGAUUAUGUGUUCGACGAUGGUGGUAUUGUUCAGCCAACAGAAGAACAAAAAGCUAAUGAAGAAGAAGGCAGUGAUGACAGUAAAAAGCGUCAACCGCGAUGGAAACAUUGGUUAGCCGAUUUACCGCCAUUUCAAAUAUCGAACGAUGCGAAAUUUUCGGAUAUACUUGUGCCAACUAUUGAUAACAUCCGUAAUGCACAUAUUAUUGAAAUGUUACUUCGAAUGGAUCGACCAGUGCUCUGCGUGGGUCCGACAGGAACAAGCAAGACAUUAACAGUUGCUGAUAAAUUAACGCGUUCUAUGCCGAAAGAAUUCAGUCCUGAAUUUAUUGUCUUUUCAGCGAAAACAAAUGCAAAUCAAACACAAGAUUUAAUCGAUUCAAAACUAGAUAAAAGACGUCGUGGUAUUUACGGUCCACCAUUAGGCAAAGUAUUUCUGUUCUUUAUCGAUGAUUUGAACAUGCCAGCUCUAGAAACGUACGGUGCUCAGCCACCAAUCGAAUUGAUUCGACAAUACAUGGACUUUAAAGGCUGGUACGAUCGAAAAGUUGUCGGUGAAUUCCGUACAUUAGUUGAUAUCAAUUUCAUCUGUGCGAUGGGUCCACCAGGUGGUGGUCGUAAUCCAGUUACACCACGGUUGACACGACAUUUCAAUUUCUUAUCAUUCACUGAACUUGAGAACGAUAGUAUGAGAAAGAUCUUUUCAACGAUAUUCAACUGGUGGACGAGACAUAACGAGUUUGUCCUGGGUCUUAGCGAGAAACUGGUCAUGUCGUCGAUUGAAGUUUAUAAAACAAUAUGUGCAUCGUUGCUUCCAACACCGAGCAAAUCUCAUUACACGUUCAAUCUUCGAGAUUUGUCCAAAGUUUUUCAAGGAAUGUUGAUGAUGGAGGCGAAGAAAAUUGAUAAUGUCGAGAGUCUACUUCGUUUAUGGUACCAUGAGAACUGUCGUGUGUUUCAAGAUCGUUUAAUCAAUGAUGAAGAUCGAGAUUGGUUCCGGAACUUACUGGCUGAACAUAUGAAAUCGGAUUUCAGUAUGAAUUUCGAGAAUGUCGUACAAGAACCUGUGCUCUAUGGUGAUUUUGUUGCUCAAACAGCUGAUAAAUCUUAUCAAGAGCUGAACGACGUGAAACUAAUGAAGAAUCGUUUAGAUGAAUACUUAGAAGAGUACAAUCAAAUCAAUGUUGCUAAAAUGAACCUAGUGUUAUUCAUGGAUGCCAUGAAGCAUAUUUCAAGAAUCAUACGUGUUAUCAAACAACCGCUUGGUAAUGCACUGCUGUUAGGUGUAGGCGGUUCUGGUCGACAAUCACUCACACGACUUGCUGCAUUCAUUUCGGAAUAUGAACUUCGUUCAAUUCAACUAUCCAAAAGUUAUGGUAUGACGGAAUGGAAAGAUGACUUGAGAAAAUUUAUGCUACACGCUGGUCUUCGUAACACUCCGACGGUGUUUCUCUUCUCGGAUACACAAAUCAAAAGCGAAUCGUUUUUGGAAGAUUUGAAUAACAUCCUAAAUAGUGGUGAUGUGCCAAAUAUUUAUCAAUUUGAUGAACUCGAACAAAUUUAUACUGUCAUGAAACCGGUUGUAUCUGAAGCUGGCCUACCGCCAACUAAAACGAAUCUUUAUUCAGCUUAUACAAAACGCGUGCGACAAAAUCUGCACACUGUCGUUUGUAUGAGUCCUAUCGGCGAAAUUUUCCGUGCUCGACUUCGUCAAUUUCCGGCUUUGGUGAAUUGCUGUACAAUCGAUUGGUAUUCCGAAUGGCCAAAAGAUGCUUUGGAAGCUGUCUCAGAAACUUACUUGAACAAUAUGCCAACGUUAGAGGCCGAUGCAAAAGUUGUCCAAGGUCUAGUCAAGUUAUGUCAAGAGAUACAUCAAUCUGCAGCUUUGAUGACAACAAAAUAUCGUGAAGAAAUGAGUCGACAUAAUUAUGUUACACCGACAUCUUAUCUUGAACUGCUGAAUAUCUUUUCGAAAAUCUUCGGCAAGAAAAAAGAUGAACUAGUGUUAGCUAAACGACGUACGAAAACAGGUUUGGACAAAUUGUUGUCAACAGAGAAAGACGUGGCGAAAUUGCGUGUUGAAUUGAAUGAAAUGCUACCGUUACUUGAUCAAGCUGUCCAAGAAACGAACGAAACGAUGGCGAAAAUCGCUGAAGAUACAUCAAGCACGGAAGAAAUCAAAACUAAAGUAGCCAGCGAAGAAGAAGAAGUACAGAAGAAAGUCAAAGAAACUCGUGCUAUCGCCAGCGAAGCAUCAGAACGGCUUGCAGAAGCCAUGCCUGCACUUGAAGCUGCAUUACAGAGUCUUGAAGUUCUAUCGAAAAAUGAUAUCAAUGAAGUACGUGCUCUACAACGACCGCCGCAAGGUGUCAAAUUAACAAUGGAAGCCGUGUGUAUUCUAAAACAAGUUGAACCACUGAAGGUGCCUGUACCAAAUAAGCCAGGAAAGAAAGAAGAUGAUUAUUGGGAACCUGGUCGUGGUUUAUUAGCUGAUGCCGGUAAAUUUCUUCAAUCACUGCGAGAAUUCGAUAAAGAAAACAUUCCGGAAAUUGUCAUACAGAAAUUACAAAAACAUAUUGACAGUCCUGAUUUUGAUCCGAUUAAGAUUGAGAAAACGUCGAAAGCGUGCAAAUCGUUAUGCAUGUGGUGUCGAGCAAUGUACGCAUUCUAUAUGAUUAACAAAGAAGUCGCACCACGUAAAGAAGCAUUAGCAAAUGCUGAAGCCGAAUUAGCUAUUGUCAAAGAAGUAUUGGCAACAAAGAAACGUGAAUUGAAAAAAUUGGAAGAAGGUUUAAGAACAUUACAAGUCAAAUAUGAAGAUGCUGUACGAAAGAAAACAGAAUAUGAAACUAAAGUCGACGAAUGUAAUCAACGAAUUGCGCGUGCAGAACGAUUAACAACUGGUUUGGGCGAUGAAAAAAUUCGUUGGCAGGAAAAUGUUGCGAUGUUGGACAAUUCUCUAGGAAAUGUCAUUGGCGAUGUGCUCGUUUGUUCGGGAUUUAUUGCAUAUCUUGGUCCAUUUACUGCUGAAUACCGUGAAAAUAUGGUCCGAGAAUGGAUUACGAAGUUAACUGCAUACAAUGUACCACAUUCCGACAAUCCAGAAUUAGUUCGAGUCUUGGGUGAUGCUGUCAAGAUUCGUAAUUGGCAAUUAGCCGGCUUACCAAAGGAUAACUUAUCCGUACAAAACGGUGUUAUCGUUCAAUAUUCAAAUCGUUGGCCGUUAUUCAUCGAUCCACAAGGACAAGCAAAUAAAUGGAUUAAAAAUAUGGAAAAAAAUACAGGUCUCGAUGUGAUGAAACUGUCGGAUCGUGAUUAUUUACGAACAUUAGAAAAUUCGAUUCGAUUCGGUAAACCAUGUCUAUUAGAAAACGUAGGAACAGAUAUAGAUCCUGCUCUCGAACCCGUUCUACUGCGUCAAACUUUUCGUCAAUCGGGCAGCACCGUAAUCAAGCUGGGUGAUGCUACUAUACCGUACCAUGAUGAUUUUCGUUUUUAUAUUACCACUAAACUGCCGAAUCCACAAUAUACACCAGAAAUAUCGGUUAAAGUAACACUGGUGAACUUCACGUUAUCCCCAAGUGGUUUGGAAGAUCAAAUGUUAGCACGUGUUGUUGCUGAAGAACGUCCUGAUUUGGAAGAAAUGAAAAAUACACUGAUUGUAUCCAAUGCCACUAUGCGCAACGAACUGAAAGCGUUAGAAGAUACGAUUUUGGAAAAAUUAAGUACAAGUGAUAAUCCAGUCGAUGAUAUCGAAUUAAUCACAGCUCUCGAAGCAUCAAAAGCUAAAUCCACAGAAAUCAAAACGAAAAUGCAAGCGGCCGAACAGACAGAAAAGGAUAUUGAUAUAACCCGCGCUGAAUAUGUUCCUGUCGCCGUGAAUACACAAAUUUUGUUCUUCUGUGUUUCCGAUUUGGCAAAUGUUGAUCCUAUGUAUCAGUACUCAUUAGAAUGGUUCACAAACAUCUUCUUAACCAGCAUUCAAAGUGCACCACGAGCAGAUAAUUUGGAAAAUCGCAUCAAGAACAUCAACGAUUAUUUCACGUUUAGCCUUUAUUGCAAUGUCUGUCGAAGUUUAUUUGAAAAACAUAAAUUAUUAUUUGCAUUCUUAUUAACUGUACGAAUAUUAAUGAAUCAAAAGAAAAUCCAAAUGUCUAAUUCGAUGCAUUUUGUAAUAAGAACUGUUCUGUAUCAUCUCAACGGUUGA